UUCUACCGACGAGCAAUUUAUCUGUUGGAGAGUGUUGAAAAUGACGAGCGGUAUAGGCUAUACAAGAGAUGUGUUCCUCUGGGGCAUAUCUGGAAUUUAUCUCGUGGCAUUCGCUUCUUUAUAUGUACAAAUACCCGGUCUGUAUGGAGAAAAUGGAAUACUACCAGCAAAACUUGUUCUUCAAGAAAAGAUAGAUUCAAUAGAAGAACUCCUGGAUGGAGCUCCUACUUUAAUGAAGUUAACGCCACGUCUUGGCUUGAAUGCCCAGGGAGGGAUGGAUCUCUUGUGUUUGACGGGGAUGCUAGUGUCUUUCCUUAGUUUGGUAUUUAGUGGAGCACGGGAUACUGUCGCCUACACACUGUUGUGGAUGUUGUACCUGUCUCUGUACCAGGUUGGGCAGACAUUUUUGUGGUUCCAAUGGGAUAUUUUGCUCUUGGAAACAGGUUUUCUUGCCAUCAUAGUGGCUCCAUUUAAUCUCCAGUUACCAAAGAAAUGGAAGAUGUCUCCUUACCACCAGCAUGACAGCAUCACACUGUGGUUGGUGCGCUGGCUCCUCUUCCGUCUCAUGUUUGCUUCAGGAGUGGUGAAACUGACCAGUAAAUGUCCAACAUGGUGGGGACUUACAGCUCUGUCAGUACAUUUUGAAUCCCAGUGUAUCCCGACACCUCUAGCCUGGUGGUGGCAUCAACUACCUCUGUGGUUCCUCAAGCUCAGCUGUGUGGCCACCUACAUGAUAGAGAUACCUAUCCCCUUCCUCUUCUUCUCCCCUGUCAGGUCCAUGAGGAUAUUUGCAUUUUACUGCCAGCUGUUACUUCAGAUCUUGAUCAUACUGACUGGCAACUACAACUUCUUCAACCUGCUCACUAUAGUCCUCUGUUUAUCCCUGUUGGACGACGAACACUUCGGAUAUAAAACAGGAAGGCAAUCAUCAUGGCUUGGCAGACUAAUAAAUAUUUUAGCCUCAGUACUGGUGUACGGUUACAUUGGAUACCAGGUGUUGCAUCUCUUUUCCCUCAAAGUCAACUUCAGCCCUAGCUUCUCUGUAACCUCUAGCACAGCCUUUUCCCAGCCUCAGUUCACAGCCUGGUUAGAUUGGAUUGUUCCCUGGACCAUGACAAUAGGGGCUGUUUCCCUUAGCUACGAGAUCGUCAUGGCGGUUGUUAGGUGUAUGUUGGAGAAGAAAGCCAUGCAGUGGAGACUGAUAUCGGUCGCCCAGUGUGUGUUGUUUGGAGCCAUAUCAGCUGGGAUGCUCGGCAUUAGUCUGGUACCCCACACAGUGGUCAGUAAGCCCGCCCAGCAGUACCUCCCUAGGGCUAUCUUUACCUAUAGGUCCAUACUCCAGCCAUACCAUCUCACCAACUCUUAUGGGCUAUUUAGAAGAAUGACAGGCGUUGGAGGUCGACCAGAGGUCGUGGUCGAGGGCAGUGACAGCCUAGAGGGGGAGUGGAAGGAAUACGAGUUUAUGUAUAAACCUGGCAAUCUGUCCCGUAAACCUCCCGUAGUAGCCCCUCACCAGCCCCGUUUGGACUGGCAGAUGUGGUUUGCAGCCUUAGGGAGCUACCAACACAAUACAUGGUUUGUCAACAUGGCAUACAGACUCCUUCAAGGUCAACCAGAGGUCAUACAACUACUCCAGCACAACCCGUUUCCAGGGGAACCACCAAAAUACAUCCGAGCCACACUCUACCACUACCACUACUCACAAAAUAAUGGACAGGACUGGUGGGUAAGAGAGAAAAAGAAUGAAUACUUCCCUCCAGUGGAAAAGGAUAAUCCCUCCCUGGUACAGUAUCUCAAACACGCAAAGAUCAUAGACGAUGAGGACACCAAGGGCAAACCAGACAAGAAAAGGAGACCCAGCCAGCCAUCCUACACUCACAGAUUUGUGACUUUUAUCAGAAUGUUGAUAGGCCAGCCAGAUGGAUUUAAUUUGAUAAUGUCUAUAGUGGCCGGGACACUCCUCAUUAAAAUAUACAACAAGUACUUCUGGUAACUCAGUAUGAACUAGUACUUGUAGUAGUUACUUCUGGCAGUUAAAAUACUUUUGGUAGUUAAAAUACUUUUGGUAAUUCAUUAUCCACCAUUACUUGUAGUGUAGUUAAAUACCAGUAAGUACUCAGUGUUACUCAAUACACUGUAUUGGUAGGACAUCAGGUUACUGCUCAACAUCUUAAACUGAAUGUUGGAACACCAUACUAGAGGAUUUCUUGUCAGGACACCACCAACAUCAUACCAGUAUGUUAACAUCUUAAAGGUUUAGAAUAUAGUAAAUGAGAUUGAAAAUAAUACAUUGAAAAAAGUAAUCGCUUACAGUUAAUUUACAGAGUGAGAUAAGAUGUGUCACUCUUUACAACAUUCACUAAACUGUGAUUGUACACGAUUUGAAUUUUUUAGAUAAUACAAUAGGUCACUGGUAUUGGCUGAAUAUACUUAAUUAAAGCACAGAAUUUUUGUUCUAUUAUCUGAAAUCCCAAUAUAACCCAAGGCUGGACAAAGAAUGGGGCCUCUAGUCAAUCUAAUUACCUACUACAGUGUUACAUGUACCAGUACGUGAGUUUCACAUGAUCUUUUGUUCAUUAGCAUCUCUUGUUGUGUCUUUUUUUCUGAUUUUAGGAAAAAGUUGUUAUGUCUGUGUUCAUUAGUGUCUUUUGUUGUUUGUUUUUAAGGUUUUUGUGGAAUAGUAACCUUAUGUAUCUGUAUGAAAUACUGCUGAAUGUGUGGGAGAGUUUGAUCAUCAUCUUUUUCUUUUUUUUAUCUGUGUGAAAUACUGGUUCUUACCUAAGACUAUUUACUUGAAUGACUGAAGUUUUGGUGCUGUAUACUAAACAUUCCUGCCUUUAUCAAUUUUGAUUUGCUCUAUAUGAUCUACAUUUGAAGUAAUAUUUGAACCUCAUUUAUCCUGAUUUCCUACCAAAAAGUGUAUUUCUUAGAACCAUAUCUAGAGUAAACAACCAUUUCAUUAAUCCAGAAAGUGUGUUACUCUGAACCUGUAAUACAAAGAAAGAAUGACUGUAUCUGUAUGUUCGCUCUCUAUACUACAACUUGUCAUCAUUGUUAGAACAUUUUCCUACAUAAUUAACAAUAAAGUCAUCAUCCCAUUAUCAUUAAUAGUUGACCUAAUUAUGAAAUAAACACCUUAAUUCACAACUGAUAUCCAAGUCAGUUUUAAUCUUUUCACUCUUGUUUUCUAAUGUUGUGAAAAUUUUUCAUGGCCCAGUAUAUAUAAAGAAGAUAAGUAUACAUUAAUUACUACCCCAUUUAUACCUGGUAUUUUGGAAAUUUUUAAGUCUUGUGUUUUUCACAAUAUUCCAUUGCUGCAGUUAUGCUGUUUUGAAAUAAAGAAAUGAGUUUUAUUGGUUCAGGUAUACAUUGUGAUGUGUUGAUACAGAAUUACAUAAAGGUUGUGUUCUGGCAAUAGCUGCUUAGUCCAAACAAAUUGUAUGGAAGUGAGGUAUCUCUUUGAUACAUUGAAAUGUUCAAAAUUUGACAAGUGAAAAAAUCCACUGCCCACUAUACGUAGGUACAAGCCUUUGCCGGUCAGAUGCAUGGAUGUCAUGAAUGUGAUGCGAGAUUUGUAAUCGUUUCCCUGGAUAUUAGGAUUAUGAUUUAAUGCUGAUAUAUAUCUAUAUAAAGCAUGUAGUAAGUACUUUUUUUUUUCUCAGAAAUUUGGAGUUAUUUCUUCAAACAAUAUAUUUAUGUGAAUUUAAUGCUUUUGUUAAGAAAUAUACAUCAUACAUAUUAUUAGGUUAGAUAAAAUAAUUAAUUCUCCACAUUCAUAAGAUAAUGUAUGAAUGAAGAUUUUGAAAAAGAAAAAAUAAAUAAAAAGAAUCAGGGCUCUAGCUACCUGGGCCCAGUUGUUCAAAAGGUGAUUAUCUUCAUCACUUGAUUCGUGAAAAUCUCAUUUCUCCUUUACUUCAAAAUCUAUGUCUGUAUAUUCCUUGAACUUAGCAGGUAGGAAGACACAGACAAGUGUUGAAGUUUUAUGAAAUUUUGUCAAGUUUUACCAGAAAUUAUUUCAUCAGGAUUUAGAAAUCGUUAAACUGUGAUUAGCCUAAUCACCUUUUCAACAACUGGGUCCUGUGGUUGCAUUGCCUGGUAAUAAGACCAUGUCUGAUGUAAAAUA